AACUGCUGACGGGCGUGAGUCUUAGGCAAAAGGAUCAAGUCCUGUAUAGAAAAUAUCAACAGGUAUCGCAGUAGUCGACGUGAAUUGUUUAAAUAACAAAAAAUGGGCGAGGAAACGAGCAACUCAACGCAAAACAAGGCGCGAGCGAAGACGACGCGACCCAAAGCCGUUUACCAGUGGACAGUGAGCGACGUACAGAAAUGGUAUUGUCGCCACUGCGGCGAGUACACCAAAUAUGUGGAUCUCUUUAAAGAUCACGAUAUAACUGGACGAGCUCUGCUACGCAUCACAGAUUCCUCGCUGCAGCGAAUGGGAGUCACGGACAAUCGAGAUCGGGAGGCCAUUUGGCGUGAGAUUGUCAAGCAGCGACUCAAAACGGAUAUAAUGGAAAUACGCGACAUGGAACGCCUUAACGUGCACUAAGAAUUAUGUUGAAUCUGCUGAAUGCUUGAAAAGGAGCAAUACUAAUGAUAAUUGCACUGAAACACUUUGUGCAGCAUUUGUUUGUCUUUCCAAUCUUUCCAAAGCUAUACGCAAAAAUUUGCAUUAAUCUUUGUGCUUUCUUCAUAUUGAAGACAAUCGACAGAUGACUGCUGCGCGAAUUCCCCCCAAGUAUACUAUUUUGGAGAAUAUCUGGUUGCCGAGUGUUUUUCCCACUUAAAUAAUUAAUUGAACGUAAUUUCUUGUCACAGACAUUUUUUUUGUAUUAGGAAUAAAUAUUUAAAUGAG